AUGGAAGAGGGAAAUCACUCGGAGGCGACUGAGUUCAUUCUCUCAGGACUGACAGAUCGUCCAGAGCUACAAGCCCCUCUGUUUGGGUUGUUCCUAAUGAUUUAUGUUAUCACUGUUGUGGGGAAUGGGGGGAUGAUCUUCUUAAUCACUAUUGACCCCCGACUCCAAACCCCCAUGUAUUUUUUCCUCAGGAGUUUGUCUUCCUGUGAUCUCUGUUAUUCCUCUCUAAUUGCCCCUAAGAUGCUGCAGAAUUUCUUAGUUGAGAGGAAAAGCAUUUCUCGACUGUCCUGUGCUGUACAAUUGUAUUUCUUUGUCUGUUUUGCAGAUGUUGAGUGUCUCUUGCUGACUGUGAUGGCAUAUGACCGUUAUGUGGCCAUCUGUAACCCGCUGCUCUAUACGGUCACCAUGUCCAGGCAGCGUUGUAACCUGCUGGUGGCUGGGGUGUUUGCUGUGGGGUUGGUGGAUUCAGUGAUACUGACGUAUUAUAUAUUUCGGCUGUCAUUCUGCCACUCCAACGUCAUCAGGCAUUUCUACUGUGACAUCCCCCCGCUACUGGCUCUUUCCUGCUCUGACACCCACACCUGUGAGAUUGUGUUAUUUGCUUCAAUAUGCUACAUUGUAGUUGUGAGCAUUGUGAUUCUACUCUUCUCCUAUGUCUGUAUCAUCUCCAACAUCCUGCGGAUCCGCUCUGCUGAGGGCCGGUACAAAGCCUUCUCCACCUGUGCUUCCCACUUGUGCACGGUGGUCAUGUUUCAUGGCACCCAGCUCUACAUGUAUUUACGUUCCCCCUCCAGCUACUCCAUGGAAACGGACAAAAUAGCCUCCGUGUUUUACACCCUGGUGAUCUCCAUGUUGAACCCCCUCAUCUACAGCCUGAGGAAUAGGGAUGUAAAGGACGCCUUGAGGAAAGCAGUAAAUAAACUGCUAACCCAGUCUUGA